GGGCUCAGAGCGGAGCGGACACCGAUUGAAGGAGACGAAGCUAUUUCUUGAAGCAGGCAAGGAAAAAAAAACAAAACAACAAAAAACUUUAUACAAGCCAUUAUCGUCGACAUGUACGUGUCAUUGGGGCACUUGAAAAUUGUGUAAGCACUACAAGAUAAAAAAAAAAACGCCAGAAGGAUUCAGCUCAUCUUGCAGAGGACCCCUUUUCUUAGCCUAAGAUGGCGGGCGCUCAGACCGGUUUGAAUACCCUGUGCCAGGAGGCGGCGCCCUUUCAGGGCAACCUCAAAAGGCCGAGCCGUGAGAGGCCGGCGGACGCGCCCAUCAAAAAGCGCGUGAUGGCGGAGAUUAACCUGAAGCGCAAGCACCUGGAGGUGCCCUUCAGAACCCCCAAGAUAAAGAAAGAACACAUAGAGGAAGAAGAGGAGGUCGAGGAGAAGAAGAAGAAGAAAGAGGGCCGGCGGGAAGACCGGGAGAAGGGCGAGAGGCAGUGGUCCGAGGAGGUGGACGAUAGGAGCGGGAAGCAGUACCCGGCUCCCUCCUCAGGCGGGGCCCUGGACCUGAGCCCGGGGCUCAAGCACACGCUGGCCCAGUUCACCCUCAGCAGCCAGAGCUCUCUGGGCGGCCCCGCCGCCUUCUCAGCCCGCGGGGCCCAGGACCUCCUGGCCCCCCUGCCCUCCCCGCCCGUCCUGGGCGGGGGUCCCCUCCUGGUGCCCUGCGACAGCUCCACGGAGCUCACGCACUCCCUCCUGGAGGGCGAGUCCAUCACCUCCUUCAUGGUGGGCGGGGUGAAGCGUCUCUGCCUGCCCCAGGUGCUGAACUCGGUGCUGAGGCAGUUCUCUCUGCAGCAGAUCAACGCCGUGUGCGACGAGCUCUACGUCUACUGCUCCCGCUGCGACAGCGAGCAGCUGCAUGUCCUCAAAGUGCUGGGCAUCCUGCCCUUCAACGCGCCCUCCUGCGGCCUCAUCACGCUCACCGACGCCCAGCGCCUCUGCAACGCCCUGCUCCGCCCGGGCGCGGCCCUGAACCCGGGCGGGGCUGGCGGGGGGGGCGGCGGGAAGCUGAGGGAGGGCGAGAGCAGCUUUCGGGUGGAGCACCAGUGCCUGGGGAAGUGCCAGGGCGUGUUUGCCACGCAGCUCUACAGCCACCCGGACGCGCCCUGCAUUCAGUGCGUGCAGUGCCACCUGCUGUUCGCGCCGGCGCGCUUUGUCAUGCACUCGCACCGCUCGCCCGACAAGCGCACCUGCCACUGGGGCUUCGACUCGGCGCGCUGGGCUCGCUACCUGCAGCUGGGCAGGAAGCACCUGGGCACGCCCAGAGAGGCCGGGCUUCGCCGGCUGCUGGAGGAGGUGAAGGAGAAGUUCCACUGCCCGCUGAGGAGGGCGCCUCUGGACAAGAAGGACAGUGCAGAUGAGAGGGCAGUGAAGAAGGUCUCUGACGUCUGCUCUCAGAAUGAGAAACUCUGUGAAAGCGAGCCAGACCAAAAGGCAAAGUCCCAUCUCGCCCUUGUCCACAAACCCCGGCUGUACCCAGACAUCAAAGAGGAGACUGGCCACACUACUUCAGUCCUUCACCGCAGCUGCCUCCUGUACAUGUAUGAUAAAGUGGGGACUCCAAACAUGCCUCAGACCCCGCCCCAGGGGAAGGAGGGGGCAGGCCUGAAUGUGGAGGUUCUAGAGGCAUUGUACAAACAGAACUGCAGCGGGACUCGAAAGAGGGGGCUGUCCCAGGACCCGGUGGACACUGCACUCAUGUCAUCCCCUGCCUCUGGCUUGCACAUGACAUGUGGCUCUGCAGCAGGUGAGGUCAAGCCCCUGCCCUGGCUUGCUGCCACGGCCCGGGGUGAUGACAGCUGCUCUAAGCCUCUGAGGGAGGAGGACAAGGACAGGAUGGUGCUGGAGGUACUGCAGAUGUACUGCAGGCAGCAGGAGGUGCUACAAUCCACCCUGCAGAAACACAGGCAGCUGGAGAUGGAAAUGGAGGCAAUGCGCAGGACUGGCGCCGCAGUCCAAGGAGAGCUGCAAAAGGAGCCAGAGGAACUGCAAACUGAGCGUGCUCAGGAGAAGGGGGAGGAAGGCACUCUGCAUUCUCAGAAACAGAAGCAGCAUUUCCAGCCUUCUCAGAAUAAGAAUUGCACCAAGCCAGCUCAAAAGAAUAGAGAGGAGGACAGUGAGCACAGUCAGAAUAAGGAGAAUUGCACUGAGCAUGCUCAGAGUAAGGGAGAGGGGGACACUGAGCAUGUCCAGAGUAAGGGACAGGAGGACACUGAGCAUGUCCAGAGUAAGGGACAGGAGGACACUGAGCAUACCCAGAGUAAGGGACAGGAGGACACUGAGCAUACCCAGAGUAAGGGACAAGGGGACACUGAGCAUGCCCAGAGUAAGGGACAGGAGGACACUGAGCAUGCCCAGAGUAAGGGACAGGAGGACACUGAGAAUGCCCAGAGUAAGGGACAGGUGGACACUGAGCAUGUCCAGAGUAAGAGACAGGAGGACACUGAGCAUGCCCAGAGUAAGGGACAGGAGGACACUGAGCAUGCCCAGAGUAAGGGACAGGUGGACACUGAGCAUGCCCAGAGUAAGGGACAGGUGGACACUGAGCAUGCCCAGAGUAAGGGAGAGGAGGACACUGAGCAUGCCCAGAGUAAGGAGCUGGUGCACAUUGAGCCCUGUCAGAAUACAGGGAAGGAGCGUACUGGACAUACUCAGGAUGACAUGGAGGGGUGUACUAAGAAUACUCAAAAUCAGGACAAGAGCAAGCCGGACUCCGCAGUGGGGAAUCUGAAGCCACAGACAUGCACAUGCAAGCAGAACAUGGAGCAAGGCCAGGAGGCCCACUACACCUCACAGCUGCUGGAGUUGAGGCGCAGGCUGGAUCAGGCGGAAGAGGACAGGGAGGAGCUGCAGGAGGAGCUGCGCAGGGAGAGGGAGGCGCGGGAGAAGCUGGAGCUCAUGAUCUCCCAGCUCAAGCAGCAGAUGUCCCAGCCCCCCGCCCCUGAGACGGAGCCCCACGCCAGCCCCGUCAAAGACUAGGCCCCGCUGAUCCCCCAAACGACACAUUCUCACCGUGUUCUCCCCGUUUCCGUACGGAACGUUGCAACUUUCUUCUUCUUAAAAAGGACACUUUUUAUCGUUUGUGUUUUUAAAUGGAGACAACAAUCUCUUUACGAGAUCCUGCAAAAAAACUCAAACCACCACUCCUCCCUGCAUCAGUAUUUAUAUUUGUUUUGUUUUUUUGCAAAGGCUACUGCUUUAUGGGCCCACCCCAUUAUUCCCCACCGCCUGGCCACCGUAGUCCCCAAAUCUUUCCCACCCCUUGCCUCACAUUAGAGUACAGCCCACUGGUCCUGAGGCGCUGAGACCCCCGAACCCGGAAUUGGUUUUGUGGGUCAGCUGGCUUAUGCCAUCACUGUGGCUAGACAAAUUUGACAGUGUGAAUGAACGAUGCCACCCCCCCCAAAGGAUGCCAUUCUCAUCAUGAAGGGGCGACAUGCGGUAAGAGCAGUCAUCUGGCAGUCGGAGGGCUGCUGGUUCGAUCCCGCCCCGAGUGUGUCGAAGCAUCCCUGAGAAGGACACCUAACCCUCAAAUGCUUGUGACGAGCUGGUUGGUGCCUUCAUGGCAGCCAAUCCCUUUUGGUGUGCAAGUGUGUGUAUGAUUGGAUGAAUGAGAAGCAUCAGUCGUACAGCGCUUACCCCCAAACUGGAGCGGCAAGUAGCAUGCAAAGAUGGCUGGGAUUUAACCCCUGAAGCUCCUGUUGUUGGGAAGGAAACUCUUGAGCGCUGCCAGCACGUGGUCCUGCGGUCCUGCAUCUCGGAGAAGACCUUGACCAUGCGCCCAUCCCCCCACCUUUCCUUCCACAGAGAGUCUGACUCCUGUACAGCCAACCAGAGCCACGAACUGCACCGUGUGGGAAAUAAGAAUCAAUGUGCAGAUAUUCUUAUAUAAAUAUGAAUUAUAAGUGCAGAUGUGCAAUUUGUACUCUUGUGAAGAGGAAACGAGUGUUGUGGCGGGUGGCAUACGUCAGGGAGGGGUCAGCAUACGUCCGGGACCGGUGACGGAGAUGGCAGGAAAGAACCAUGCGACGGUGUGUUGGGAGAGAGAAACCGGGCAGUGUAUCUGUACUGAGGGGGUGAAGUUGUUUAACCCUGGCAUGCCCAGCUAAUGCAAAAUGUUUUGCACAGGGUUGCAGUGUGCAAAAAGCUUGCGUCUACAACCAGUGGGAAAACUACACUCUGAAGAAAGGGUUCCAAAAGGCUCCACUGUGUCUCCAUAUGGUAGCCCUCUAUAGCUAAACUUUUUUGUCAAGCAAAAUGGUUCAACCCGGGAGCUUUCACAUUUUUGAUACUUAUCAUAUAGGGUCCCAUAAAAAACUAUGGAGACGAGCAAAAUAACCCUUUUUUCUGAGCGCGGUUCCUCUUUCUCUGGUACAGAUGAAUAUAUAAAUGCGGUUAUAUAUCUAAAAUAUUAGGAAUGCACUUGUGAUAUAUGUCAAAUGUAGCCUUGUAGCUUCACUUGCCAGGCUCUUAACAUGAUCUGAGCUUCAAUAGGUUUACAUGCAAAUGUGAGCCAAGUCCGCUCAGUAUUUAAAAAUAUGACCUAGUGUUAGGUGGACCUCCCAUUCAAAGCCGCGAUUCAUUCAAGGAAAUAAAUUUAAGGAAAAUAGUGGUGCUGGCUGAGUAAUAACUCUUAAGUAACUUUCCUUUCCUCAACACCACAAAAUAUGUAAUUAUUCUCGCUAAUAUUUUAUGCAAAUAUUGUAAAAUGUAUUACAGUAAUUUCACAAACUGUUCUACAAUGUAUAUUUAAAAAUUAAUAUGAAAUAUAUAAAACCUGACAUGUUAACAAAACAUUGUAUUUUAUAUUCCCUAACAUUUGUUUCUAAUGAGCUAAUCAAAGCUUACAAACGUGCCGAAUUGCUGCUGUCUGGCUGCUAUUUUACAAAGACCCAAUUUAUUUUUUUCCUGAUUUUUAUGGUUUUGUAUGUCUUUUUAUGUUUAUGUUUCUGAAAGUGGAUGUUUUUGGUGAAAUGAGUCAGCGUGACGGGAACAGCCCUGUUGACUGGUCUUUGGGCUCAUUCCAAUCGCUUCUUUUUCUCAUUUUUUCCUUUCCUUGCUUCUGAUCCAGAAACCGAUUAUUUCGGAAAGCCUGAGGUAUAAAUGGUAAAUGGUAAAUGGUUGGCAUUUAUAUAGCGCCUUUAUCCAAAGCACUGUACAACUGAUGCUUCUCAUUCACCCAUACACACACUCACACACCAACGGCGAUUGGCUGCCAUGCAAGGUACCAUGAUCGACAAAUGAUCGACCUGUGGGCCCACCUCUGCCCAUCUGCCACUUAUGUAACUGACGUGGCUUCGAACUGACGUUUUAAGGAGCAAGGGCAUUCCAUUCGCCUAAUUCAUGAUCUCGACUUCCCCAUCUUCCCAAUGGGUGGAGCUAGGGGCAAUAAAUGAAGGAUAAAUGAAAAGUAAAUAGAGGUGAAAAAUAAGGGAUUGGAAUGAGCCCUUUCUGCUCCAUGAAACAAACAUAACUCCAAUCGGGGAGAAUGUGACGGGGGAGUAUACAUGGCUGGGCGACUCAUAACCGCAAAAGUGGCCAGCUGCUGCUAAUCUUGUGUAGUUUAACCUGGAGACGUGACCGCACCACCUAGCUACAUACCAGCGUAUUUGUUUAUUUUCUUGAAGGAUUUGUCGAGAAACGUUUGGCUUUCUUUGAACGCCUGUAUUAAUAGUCCUGGUUUCAACCCGCGUUCGAGUUCGAGGAUUCUUAUACUAUACAAUUCUAAUGACUUUUUCAUAUUGUAAUUAAAUAGAUGCUUAUCACUGCAACCUUUACAUUUGAUUAGUAAAGACCCUGCCCACUCCACCACCACCACAAUCACACAUAUUUUUUUGUGUGGUAAAUACUUUAUUAAUACUGGAAAGUUUUACAUUUUUAAAGUGUAUUUCAAUGCCAAAAAUCCAAGUCAUACAGGAAACUUUGAUAAAAUUACACGAAAUGUAUUUAAAGUAUGCACGGAUGCAGAUUGAUAUUCUGUUUUGUAUAUACAAUGUAAUCAUAAAUAUAGGCCUACUAGCUUCGUUAUUGCGAAAGAAAAAAAUAUCUCUAAAUGUUUAUGCAGAGCCCAUUGGUAUACAAUCAGCAAACACCGUCCCAGCAAAAUUAGGUUUGAAUCUCGAGAUGUGAACGCUUGCUUUAGGUUGCAGUGUUCUCAGCUACAUGAAAUGACUACAUUUUGUUAAAAAUACGAGACACGCAAUAAUUAAGCCUAGACAUAUCUGGGUCUAACAAGAAAAUAAUAGUUACAUCCCCUAGUGUUGCUGCGUUUAAAAUGAUCACAGGUUCUAAAAAGUAAAUGUAAUCGCAAUGAGAACUGUUACCGGCGCUUAGAGUCCACAGCAUGUAAUGUUUCAUGGUGGAUAUUUUUGGUCUGCAGUGUCACACCAGAUUGUUAGCCAUGGCUACCUCAUAGCCAUUAUGGGUUGAUUUAUUGUCAAUGGAGAUCGGAUUGUUCGUCACUUUUUUGAUACUCUCCAAAAGGUCCAUCUUGGCACCUAAGACUUACGGAAAUGAAAAUUGGAUGUACAUUUCUAUAGUGCAUAUCUUAUAGUACAGGAUUUAUGUAUAUAGCUCACUGAGACUCGAUUAUACCUGUGAUCCCCGCGACCACAGUGCAAUUUAAAAAUCAUUAUGGUAAUAAACAAGUUUGCCCGUUGCAUUUUCUUUGACAUUUUUGUCACCGGUUAUUUUAUACCCAAGGUUGUUUUAAAUGUCAUAAACCGAAGCAAAGCUAGUGUGCGUCACAGCUGAACUUGACAGUUGGGUUGCGGACAUGUUAGUCUUGGAUGCAUAAUUGAUGUAAAACAAGGUUAGAUAGGAUUAAAUGAAUUAUGAUUUGACAAGUAAAUUGAAAAAGAAAUUGGCACAGUCAGGUAGUCUGUUUACAGUAAUGAGAACAGAAACAUGUAGACAUUGUAAAAGAAAACAUUCUAUGGCUUUGUAACAUUUAAUGAAAUAUAUAUUUUAAUUGCUGAUAUGAAAGAAAUCGCAACAAUGUCUGUGUAUGAUCAUUGCAUACAGUGUUGCUACGUUGCCAAGACUACACAGUGUAUUGACACAUUUGUUCUAGUGUUGCAUGAAAAACACUGUCCUCCUACCUCAUGUUGUGAUAAAAAAAAAAAAUAAGCAAAUGACACUGCACCUCAAACCGUCUAUCACAGUACAUAUUUACUAGAAAUGCUUUUAUGCUUCUAGCCGAUACCUCAGUUGUAUUGUAAAGAGUUCUGUGUUUCUGUCCCCUCUGAUUUAGACUGUAAAUAUAUCCUUGUAUAAACCAUUGACUUGAAUCAAAUUCAAGUAAAUUUCUGUAGUGUCAAGCUA